AUGCAAGCAUCGCAACAAUCUCAAUCGAUUAGCUCUCAAAAAUGCCCUGAAAUAACCACAAAAUUAUCUGAUAGGUUUAAAAUUUUGGAGCAAAAUUGCAAGAAGGAAUUCAAAAAAGAAGAAUUUGUCAUGGAAGCCAAGGUAAAUACAGCUGAUAUAAAGGCCAAAAUACUUGAAGAAAAAAAAGUCGAGAAAAAGGAAGAAGCUACUUAUAUUGACGAUGAAACUAUAAAGGAAAGAAUAGAGCAAUUUGAAACUAGUAUUGCAAAUAAAAAAAAUGAAGCACCUCCUCAGUAUAUCGAAAUUCCAAGGGGGAAUGUCUUUAACUUUGCUCCAACUAUUGAACCAAUUGAAAAGAAUAAAGGGAGCCCCGAAUAUUCUCAAAAAUCUACAGCAAAAAAGAAUGAAGCUAAUCAGCAAUAUACAUCAAAUAUUAGUUAUAAUGCUCAAAUAGAAAUUCCAGAAAAGGUAAAAAAUAUUGUUCCAAUAGCUUCAAAAUCCGAAAAGAAAAAAGAUGAAGUUUAUGUCCCCCCUCAGCAAUUUGCAAUACCUCAAAUAAAUAAGAAGAAAACACAGCUAUAUUCUGAGCCUAAAAUUUCUCAAAAUUGCACUUCAAUAUCGAGUCAAUCUGCGAGUAAUACUAUAAGAGUCUCUAAAGAUCCAAUUGAGCAAAAAUUUGAUGAAACUAAUCGAAAUACCGCAGAAUUUUCGUCAAUUGCCAAUGAAAAUCAAAGAUUAAAUCUUGAAUUAAUUCGGAUUCUUGAAGAAAAUGAAAGGCUAAAAAAAGCAAAACAAGAAGAGUCUAGAGAAGCCUUGAUAUCUGCACAAGCAAUAAAGCAAGAAGAAUCUCAAAAGCUUGAAAAAUUGGCAUCUGAGCAUAUGCAAACAAGAAAUUAUUUAAUUCAGCAAGAGGCCCAAUGCGAAUUGUUAAAAUCUAAGCUUGAAAACAAUCAAAAUGAAGUCCAAGAACUGCAAAACCUUAUAAAAAAAAUUCAGUCUGAAGCAGCAGAGUUCAAGAAAUCAGCAACUUUGUUUGAGACUUGCAGUAUCGAAAAAGAAGACAAAAGCUUAAAAUUGCAGAAAGAGUUAGAUAAAAUGAAAGAAGAAAAAAGAAAAUUACUUGAAGCCACUAAUUCAGCACUUAAAAAUGCCUUAGGGAAAUUUAAAGCUGAACAGCAAAACUCUAUUAAAAAUUUGUUUGAUUUUAAUGAAAACUUUAGUAAAGAAGCUGCUAGUGCUAUAAAUGCAGUUAAAAUAAAUCAAGAAAAUUCAAGGAAAAUGAAUGAAAAUUUAUUAAAUGAAAAAGAAGGAAUAAUUAAAAAUUUAGGAAAGCAGGCUGCAUUAGCUGAAGAAGCAAAUAAAAAUUUAAAACUUGAAAUUGACAAUAAAAUUGCUGGGAUGGAAGCUUUAAUGCAAAAAAUUAGUGAUUUCGAAAACAAACAAAUAGAGUGAGAAGUGAAUAAACAAAAACUAGAAGAAGAAUUAAAAGUAGCCAAAGAAAAAUAUGAUACUUUCUGCAAAUCCUUGAUAAAUGUAAGUUUAAGUGAAAUCGAAAAAGCAAUUUUAAUUUCAGAAAAUGAAACUGCCAAGCUAUUUAAUAAAAUUGGAUUGAGUCUUGAAUUAUGUGAGCAAAAAUAUCAAAAAUUCAGCAAUGAAAAGCUGAGAGAAAUAGAAAAUCUCAGAAAUGAAUUGAUAGAAAGCAAAGAAGAAUUGCAAAUAAAAAACAAAAAAAUUGAGAUACUUGAAAGUGAUAAAGAAGAACUUAAGAAAAAGAUUCAAGAUCAAGCUGAUAUGUUUGCUGCAGAAAGGUAUAAUUUCGAAAAAAUUACUGAGGCAUAUGAAGUAGAAAUGAAAAGUGCAAGCCAAACCAAAAACAGUUCAGAAUUUGGAAACUAA